AUGAACAGAAAAUAUUCACGUGCCCACCAGAUCCUCAAAAAUGCAGGUGUGAUUAACAGUACAGACGAAGAAAGCGAUAAUUCUGAUAUAAUAGAAAAUACGCCUAAUGCUAGCCCAAUGCACUGCAAUGAGGAAAAGGCUAAACCAACGCAUCUGGAGGUUCACUAUCCAUCCUCCAUACAAGCUUGUGGGGUUAACGAAAAACGUACUGCAGUUUCGUCUUACAUCCACGAUAAAGAAACUGAAGUCGGUGAAAUAAGCAUUGAAGCACCAGCUUAUUCGCCACUGACUCCUAGACCAGUUUAUGGCGUUGGUGAAAGAAGUGUAGAGGUAUCCGAUAUUAUUUCACCGUUGCCUUUUGUAAUUUGUCCUACAGUGGUGAAAACUAGUGCUAUUCUAGUAAACUCUCCAUCUUCCUCCCCUGUGCCGGACAUGUCACCCGCAACUAGUAAAGUUUUUCAUAUGUUGAUUGGAGCAGAGCAAGACAGUGAUGAUUCCGUAGCGGAUCCUAAUUAUGAAGUAGAAUAUAAUGAUAUUCCUUGCGACGAUAGUUCAGAUGAUCAAAAUGAAUAUCGCAAUAAACAUGUUGAGCAGAAUCAUGAUGGUAGUGAAUCACCUUCAAUAUUGACAGAAGUAUUAGAUAACGUAGAAAGACAAGAUGGGCCUGAUUUCUUAGCAUUACAAAACAUAGAAGAUCAAGAAAACUUAAAAGAAAUUCCAAAGAAGAGAAAAGUUAGAAAUCCUAGCACAUGGAAGACAAAUAUUGAAAAGCACAGACGGUUAAAAGCCACCCUGAACAUCAGUGGUGGAUUUGUAAAAGGUGCUUUAAAUAAAAUAAACUCCGAAGGCAUUUUAACACCAGACUGCAGGGGCAAAAAAGUUCCUCCCAAUAAAUUGAGCUCGGAAGAUGAAACUUUCAUUCGCGACCACAUUUUAUCUUAUCCUGCCGUGGAAUCCCACUAUUGUCGACAAAACAGUGAAAUGAGAUAUUUAGACGCCUCGUUAAAUAUAGCUACAUUGUAUAAAGAAUAUGUAAAACUCUGUGAAACAAAAUCAAUGAAGCCAGUCAGCUCCGAAAAAUAUCGCUUAAUUUUCCGAACCUAUAAACUGAAUUUUCACAAACCCAAAAAAGAUCUGUGUAAACACUGCAUUGCGUAUAAGGAAAUGAACAUUAAGGAAAAGGCAGAACAUCAGGAAAUUCAUGCCCUGCAUCUGAGUCGUAAAGAUGAAGCACGGAAAUGUAGGGAUGAGGAUAAAGAGCAAGCACAAACUGACGACAAAACCCUUAGUUUUAAUUUUGAUUUAGAAGCUGUCCUCAGCACCCCUAAAGGAGCAGCUGGGCCAUUCUUUUACGUGCGUAAAUUAGCUGUUUAUAAUUUGACGGUCUACAAUUUAGGUAACCGAAACGUAGAGUGCUACAUGUGGGAUGAGACCGAAAGAAAACGCGGCAGUAUAGAAAUAUCCACAUGCAUCCAUACGUACAUCAUGGCACAUAAUGAUAUUAAAAAUGUAAAAAUGAUGUCGGAUGGCUGUGGUGGUCAGCAGAAAAAUUAUCACUUCAGCUCCAUGUGUUUAUUAACAGUUACACAACAUCCUACUUUAAACGUUAUUGAUCAUAAAUUUUUUGAAACCGGUCACACGCAUAUGGAAUGUGACUCAAUACAUUCGAAAAUUGAAACAAAAGCAAAGAACGUACCUGUGUACACUCCAGAUGGUUGGGCGCAGUUAGUUCGGUUAGCAAGAACUAACCCAAAGCCUUUUAAUGUAACAACAUUAACUCACGACGAUUUUAAAGAUUUUGGUGCUCGUAAUCAAUAUCUUAGUAAAAUCUUAAAUGGACGAAAACUUGGAAUACAUAAUGCAGUUUGGCUGCAGUACCGGAAAGAGGAUCCUGAUAAAAUAUUUAUAAAGGACACCUAUGAUAAAAACAUACCAUUCCAAGAAAUACACCUUAAAAAGAAAAGAGGAAAGACAGUGGUUUACCCCGUUUCGGCAUAUUCACAGAGACUAAAGAUCUCCUCACAGAAGAAAAAUGAUCUCAUAAAAUUAUGCCAGGAUGGUCAAAUUCCUAGAAUAUACCAUCCUUUUUACGAAAAUCUUCCUUCCUCAGAAACUGUAAAAGACUGUCUUCCAGAACCGGACGUGACUGAAGACAGCGAAUAG